AUGAGAUUCGUCAAAAAAUUGAAGGUGGCGCCGGUCUCAUCCAAUGUGAUAAACGCCACAAACCCUAAUGGAGAUUCUUGGACUGAUCUUUUAGACGAUUUCGACUCACCUCUACCUCUCGAUGCCAGCGAAGGAGGAUUUUUCUCGGGAAAUUUCGUGCCUCCCCCACCCCGACCGCUUUUCCUCGACGAAUCGGCCACGCCGGAUGGACUAACCACAAACUGUAUCAAUGAAACUGUAUCAAAAAACUGUAUCAAAAAAACUGUAUCAAAGAAACCGUAUCAAAGAAACCGUAUCAAAGAAACCGUAUCAAAAAAACCGUAUCAAAGAAACCGUAUCAAAGAAACCGUAUCAAAGAAACCGUAUCAAAGAAACCGUAUCAAAGAAACCGUAUCAAAGAAACCGUAUCAAAGAAACCGUAUCAAAGAAUCUGUAUCAAAGAAACUCUAUCAAAGAAACUGUAUCAAAGAAAACGUAAAAAACUGUAUCAAAGAAAUAAUCAAAGUAACUAUCAAAGAUACUGUCAAAGAUACUAUCAAAGAUACUAUCAAAGAUACUAUCAAAGAUACUAUCAAAGAUACUAUCAAAGAUACUAUCAAAGAUACUAUCAAAGAUACUAUCAAAGAUACUAUCAAAGAUACUAUCAAAUAUACUAUCAAAGAUACUAUCAAAGAUACUAUCAAAUAUACUAUCAAAGAUACUAUCAAAGAUACUAUCAAAAAUACUAUCAAAGAUACUAUUAAAGAUACCAUCAAAGAUACUAUCAAAGAUACUAUCAAAGAUACUAUCAAAGAUACUGUAUCAAAAAGACUAAAUCAAAGAAACUUUAUCAAAGAGACUGUAUCAAAGAAACUGUAUCAAAGAAACUGUAUCAAAGAAACUGUAUCAAAGAAACUGUAUCAAAGAAACUGUAUCAAAGAAACUGUAUCAGAGAAACUGUAUCAAAGAAACUGUAUCAAUGAAACUAAACCGUAUCAAAGAAACCGUAUCAAAGAAACCGUAUCAAAAAAACCGUAUCAAAGAAACCGUAUCAAAGAAACCGUAUCAAAGAAACCGUAUCAAAGAAACCGUAUCAAAGAAACCGUAUCAAAGAAACCGUAUCAAAGAAACCGUAUCAAAGAAUCUGUAUCAAAGAAACUCUAUCAAAGAAACUGUAUCAAAGAAAACGUAAAAAACUGUAUCAAAGAAAUAAUCAAAGUAACUAUCAAAGAUACUGUCAAAGAUACUAUCAAAGAUACUAUCAAAGAUACUAUCAUAGAUACUAUCAAAGAUACUAUCAAAGAUACUAUCAAAGAUACUAUCAAAUAUACUAUCAAAGAUACUAUCAAAGAUACUAUCAAAUAUACUAUCAAAGAUACUAUCAAAGAUACUAUCAAAGAUACUAUCAAAGAUACUAUUAAAGAUACCAUCAAAGAUACUAUCAAAGAUACUGUAUCAAAAAGACUAAAUCAAAGAAACUUUAUCAAAGAAACUUUAUCAAAGAAACUGUAUCAAAGAAACUGUAUCAAAGAAACUGUAUCAAAGAAACUGUAUCAAAGAAACUGUAUCAAAGAAACUGUAUCAAAGAAACUGUAUCAAAGAAACUGUAUCAAAGAAACUGUAUCAAAGAAACUGUAUCAAAGAAACUGUAUCAAAGAAACUGUAUCAAAGAAACUGUAUCAAAGAAACUGUAUCAAAGAAACUGUAUCAAAGAAACUGUAUCAAAGAAACUGUAUCAAAGAAACUGUAUCAAAACGCCCAAAACUGCUGCGACAUUCCUAUAAAAAUAAAUAUAAGCUCAUACAAAAAGUCCAAUAA